ACAACAGACUGGCGACCAAAGCUACAGAUGAGAAAAACAGACAAAAACGGAGCAAAGUGAGAUAAAAGCUCCACCUCCUGCUCCUCCUCCAGACCGUCCGACGGGGUGCACCUUAGACCUUCAAGUCAUCGCUCCAUCAGCUGAUGAGUUUAUUUGUUCACUUGACUGAUUCCUAAGAGAAAAAUGGCUGCCAACUCACCGAAAGACAAGUAUUUUGGAGUAUGGCUGAUUUUCUUCAUGCUUGGUUUGGGAACGUUGCUGCCGUGGAACUUUUUCAUGACUGCUACCAAGUACUUCACCAGCCGUCUGAAGGACACCUCAGUGGUAAUUUCUUCAGCCAAUCAGACAGAGGUAUCCAGUGAUGAUCGCACUGUCCUCGAGGCCAUAUUCAACAACGUGAUGACGCUCUGUGCAAUGUUACCACUGCUCAUCUGCACGUGUCUCAACUCCUUCCUGCUCUCACUAAUCUCGCAGCGUCUGCGUGUCAUGGGCAGUCUCUUUGUCAUCAUGCUUGUUUUCAUCAUCACCGCUGUCCUUGUGAAAGUUCCUCUAGAGCCCUUCCACUUCUUCCUCAGUACCAUGGUGAAGAUCGUCAUCAUCAACUAUCACCAAAAUUAUUUUGGCAUUGAUGAGAACUUUGGUCCGGUGUCUCUGAGCCUCCUGCGAGAGAAACUGGAGGAGAGGAGUGAUGAGACACAGUACAACUACAGGAUGAUCCUCAGGACUGGUCAGCUGUCUACCCUGAGAGGAUCCAUCACAGAGGACUCUAUCCCAUCUUCAUCCAAACACGGGACCAGUCGAUGUCUUCCUCUGAAGGAUGUUCUCGAGUUUGUGGUUCCUCAACUUAGCAUCCACAGUCUCAGACUGGCUGCAGAUUCACCCAGAGUCCCUGAACUGCUGCUGCAGCUGGACCAGCAGGAGCUGAGGUUCCAGCGCAAAGUGGGCGUGUUAUUCUGUCGGGCUGGUCAGUCCACCGAGGAGGACAACAGUGACUCUGGCAGUCCCGCUCUAGAUCAGUUCCUGGACCUUCUGGGCCACAGAGGUCCACUGAAAGAUACCAGCGAAGACUCAACAGGGAGGCAGUCAGUUUUUACAACGUUCAGAGAAUUCAAGCUGAUGUUCCACGUGUCCACGGCAAGCAGCCCUCAGCAGCUGCUCCAUAAAAGUCUUACUGGGAAUGACUUCGUCACAGUAAUCUUCCAGGAGCCGAACUCCCCGCCCUUCAGUCCGCAGAUCAUCUGCUCACAUUCCCAACAUGUCUUCAUCAUCGUUCGAGUCCACCGUCCCUGCAGCCAGCACACCUGUUACAGUAUUGCAGUGUCCAGGCGUAGAGACAUCCCGUUCUUUGGUCCCUUGAUCCCACCAGGUUGGAUGUUUUCAGCCUCACCUGAAUUCAGAAAUUUCCUGCUGACGAAGAUCAUUAAUGCCGAAAACGCUGCGCACAGGUCAGAGACCUUUGUCACAAUAAGAGCACGACGCAGACAGGAGCACCUGAAGGAGCUGGUGGAAAACUUUUCCACAUCAGUGCUAGUGGACUCAUCAUCUUCCAUCAAGUUCAGCUUCAUCUCUCUGGUAGUAAAGAAAAAAGAGCGCAGCGCACCACAGCCUCAUGCUUACCUGAACACUGCUGGGGCUCUCACCUGGAGUGUGACAGCAAAAGACUUCAGCUGCUCUUUUGAUGUACCAUGCCAGCUCGCCAUCUCCAGUGAGUUUGUGGUGCUUGUAGAGGAAGCCAGCAGACAGGUAGUGUUUCACUGUUACUGCAGAGGCGUGAUUGGCUGGAACGCCGGCCACAAAGGCAUUAAACUUUUCUACGAACAUGGAGACUGUGUGAUGCUGUUGACACGAGAGAGAGGCUGGGAGGACAGCCGCGAGAUUGCCCAGAGACUGCAGCUGGUGACUCAUGGCGGUCCUGCUGUGGACAUGAUUCUGAGGAGGAACCGCCACGGUCAGCUUGGGUUUCACAUGAACUUUGAAGGAGUGGUGGCGGAUGUUGAGACCAACAGUUUUGCGUGGAAGGAGGGUCUCCGGCCCGGCUGUAGGAUAAUGGAGAUCUGCGCGGUCGCCAUAGUAAAGCUAUCACAUAAGCAGAUGAUUGAGCUGCUGAGGACAUCGAUGACCGUGAGCGUGGUCGUUAUUCUGCCGCACGGAGAUGGGACACCUCGCAGGAGUUUCUCAGAAAUCUACCAAGUCCCGAGGUUUGAGUACAAACUGGACUCUGACAUCACUUCCUACCCAUUAAGAGUAACCCCACCCACCUGGCACAAGGUGUUAGAAGCUCCGCCUACUCAGAGCAUCCCAGGUGAACUGGAACAGCAACUGAGACCAAUUAAACAAAUGAAUGAGGGAUCCAGGUUACCAAGCAAACACUCGACUUCCGUUGACCCCGGACCACCUUUGACCCCACAGAGCCAUGCCCGAUGGGGAGCUCGUCUUGAAUGGGCAGUCAGCUCUGAAGAAGACUCACUUGAGAAGAUCGGAAGAUCUAAAGAGGCCAGUCACCUUUGUCAUCAUGAUCAUCCUCAUCGUGUGACGAAGGCUCGGGGGGGGUUUCAGCCCAGUCUGAUGGAUGCCAACAACACGCUUUCCAGCAGCAACGGCAGCGAGAGCAGAUACUCCGACUGUCAUCUCACUCACACUAAGGUGCCUUCAAUGGACAGCGGAAUUGACUCCGCCCCCUGCACAUCAUCAGCCCAACCAGCUGUGGCUGGGGCGACGCUGGUCCUGAGCGAUAUCCAGAGAGGCAAAUGGACAAUCUCGGCCGGUCACAUGACCAACCUGAGUGAGACCUGCUCUCUGUCCUGGUGAGCUGCAAGUAAACAAAUGAUGUCAUCUCUAACUGUGAUUUUUACAUAAUUGUGUAUUUAUUUUCCCAUUGAGCUCCACAGCCUGAGGGCAGUCAGCCAGUUGGAGUGUUCGGAUUUAACAUUUGAGUAAAUGUUCAGCCCAUUAUUUCUGGGCGUAGCAGAGUGCCAAGGUUAGUGUUGUCCAAUGUUGUCCUCAACACCUUUAUCUUGACCAAACUUGGAUUUAUCCUUCUUAUUCAGUAAUACAUUUCCAUGUAGUCAAAUUUCACAUUGGAUCAAUCAGCUGGGCAAACAAAACAGCUGCAUCAGAGAUUCUGUUGGGAGUCGAUGGGAUCCAAAAUAACUAGAGUACUGCAAGACUAUGGGCUC